AUGGACCAUAAACUCUUCCUUGCUGCCACUCUUGCCUUGGUCGCCUUCGUUGCGGCUGACGUUAGCCAUUUGUCGAGAACGUACUUGCCACCAGCUGCCCACUACGGUGGUCCUUCUUACUCUUCGGGUGGUAGUGGCGGCGGUGCGUACUCCUCAGGCGGCUCCGGAGGUGGCUCAUAUUCUUCUGGAGGCUCGGGAGCUGGUUCCUACUCCUUAGGUGGUGGUGGUUCCUCCUACUCUGCUCCUCCAGUCUAUUCGGGUCCAUCGUACUCCUCAGGCGGUUCAGCUGGAGGUUCAUACUCUUCAGGUGGAGCUGCUGGUGGCUCUUACUCCUCUGGCGGCUCAGCAGGUGGUUCCUAUUCGUCAGGUGGGGCUGCUGGUGGUUCAUACUCUUCUGGAGGCUCAGGAGUUGGUUCCUACUCCUCAGGUGGUGCCGGUUCUUCUUACUCUGCCCCAUCUGAUGAAUACUUGCCACCAUCGCAAAGUUACUCUCCACCCGCUCCAGUUUACUCUGCUCCUGCACCAGCUCCAGCACCAGUAUACUCUGCACCUGCCCCAUCUCCUGUCUACUCGGGUCCAUCAUAUUCUUCAGGCGGAAGCGGUGGCGGUCACUACAGCGGCAGUGCUGGUGGUUCUUACUCUAGCGGUGGUUCUUCCGGUUACUCUGCCCCGGCUCCUGCUCCAGUUUACUCAGCUCCUGCUCCAGCUCCAGUCUACUCGGCACCAGCCCCAGCACCGGUAUAUUCUGCCCCAGCUCCUGCUCACGUUUCCUCUGGUCCAUCAUAUUCCUCGGGCGCACCUGCUCCAGUGUACUCUGCUCCAGCUCCAGCACCAGUGUACUCUGCACCUGCCCCAGCCCCAUGCUACUCUGCUCCGGCACCUUCACCAGUGUACUCUGCUCCAGCUCCAGCUCCAGUGUACUCUGCUCCUGCCCCAGCUCCAGCUCCGGUCUACUCUAGUCCAUCGUAUUCUUCAGGCGGAAGCGGUGGUGCUGGAGGUGCUGGUUACUCUGCUCCCAGCUAUUCAUCAGGUGGUUCAUCCCACUCGUCGGGCGGCUCAUCAUACUCUGGUGGCAAUGCUGGCACCCAGUAUGCUUCCAACGGGGGUUACAUCUACAGAAAGAAGUAAAUCGCUUCGAACUAAAAUAAGUAGAACUUUGUAUAUAUUUUAGUGCACCUUAGCAAACAUUUUUUUGUAAUGCUGAAUUACUUAAGGUGCCACAUACAAAUAAGUCCCUAUCAACUAGCUCAUUUCUCCUGCCUAACUUGUU